CAAAGUUCUGUGGUUUAAAGUUAAGAGUUAAAGCUACCUACGGUUUAUAAGAUGUCGUGUUUUGGAGGUAGCGUGCUAAUUCCCGACUGAGGGCGGUGCAGUGUAGUUAAGUGUAGUGCAGUGAUGUAAGUUUUAAGCGAACAGUGCAGAGAGGAAGCCACCAUGCUGCCUACAAAUGUUAUGUCCUUUAUGAAAAAGAUGGUGGCGACGGAGGACACGGCAAACACGGUACCGGGACAAAUCGAGGCGCCCGGCACCUUCGGCAAGCUGCGGCAGACGCUCUCAUCCAGCCUGCUCACGGCCCAGGACAAAGUUACAACAAAACUGGGCCCGCGGCAAGCCGAACCCGUGGCGGAGCCGGCGCCCGCGCCGCCGCCCGCGCAACCGCCACCUGCGCCUGCGGUUAAAACUGAACGGGAAGCGGGUAAGGCGCCGUCGCGAGCGGGCGCGUGCCGCGUGUGCCUGAAGGCGCUGAAGCCAGGCGAAGUGUUCCACACGUGCAACGGCUGCCAGCACCGCGUGUGUGAGGACUGCUCUUCCUACUCUAAGCCGGCGGAGAACGAGGAGGCGAACUCAUGGCGAUGCUCUGUAUGCCGGCGUAAAGCUGCUCCGCGACUACCACCCGCAGCGCAAGACAGCACUGAUUCACUCCUUGAUGUGCCUGUGCUGGAUUCCCUACAAAGGCGUCAUUCGGAAGCUCGGUUGGGCGGUGGCACCUCCAGUACCGGCCUCGCGCCGCCACGCUCGCCCGAACUGCGUCGACACUCAGACGUCUCACCCGCCUCGCUAAAAGAACUAGAAAAGUUAAAGGGCGGCGGCACGGCGACGCCAGCCAACGAGUCGCGGCGGCCUAGCACGGUGACGCCGGCGCGGCGGCGGUCGAUGCGCGUGCCCGCCGCGCGCCAGCGCAGCGUCGACGACGACAAGCAGGACUCGCCUGCGCACUCGCCCGCGCUCGUCGCGCCGCCGCCGAUGUCUAGGAGAGCAUCAGCAGUGGACGUGGUCGGCGGUGCGGGAGCAGGAUCGCGUCGCGGCUCCUACCGUACAGAAGACACAUCCGAAUCAACGCCUUCGAUUGUCGGACUCGCCGUUGACGAAGACCGUCCCAUCAGGCGCCGCGGUAGUCAGCUCCCAGACAUUGCCGCACUUCAACAAAGGACGGGGGCGCUCAGUGCAAUGGCCGCUCUAGCCCGCACUGGAGACCCCUCCGAAGCACCAGGCCCCUCGGCUGCAGCCGUGGCCGCCGCCGCUGCAGCCGCGCGACAAAUGUCGGUCGACGCGGAGGCGAUCAAGAUCGUCAUACACGACGUCGAUGAUCGCUCGCCACGACGAGUCUCGCUGCGUCGCGAUCCUAAUGACAAAAGAUCACGUGGUUUCGGCAUGCGCGUAGUAGGUGGCAAGCCGGACGCCAGCGGUCGGCGGGAGGCCGUCAUAGUGUGGACUGUGCCGGGCGGACCCGCCGACGGGGCCGGCUUACAACAGGGUGACAAGGUAUUGGAAUGGGGUGGUGUGCCGUUGACGGAGCGCAGUUUCGAAGAAGUGUGCUCUGUCCUGGAUCGCAGCGGAGACAACGUAGAGCUCCUAGUGGAACCCGCGCCGCCUCAGGACGACGCGGCCACGCCUGUCACGCACUCCAGCCAACACCAUCAUGCCCUAUAUGAACCGGAUACCGACAAAUCACCAUCGUCGCCGACCCGAAGGAAAUUGCCGAAAACCCCGGAGCAGGAGAGGGCCGAGCGAGCCCGCGAGCGGCCCGCGGCGCGCGCGCAGUUGCAAGUGUGGUUCGAGAGCGAGAUGCGCAAGCUGGUGGUGGUGCUCAUCGCGGCAGACGACCUGCCGCCGCGCGACCACACGCUCGGAUACGGAGACGAGCCUGAGGCAUUCGCCAGGAUAAGACUUUUGCCAUCACUCGAGACCUGCCCACCGAUUGAAACAGACCCCGCGUCCGCGUCGUGCAGUCCAGUUUGGAACGCCACCUUGGGUUUCGGCGGUUUGACGGCAGAUCUCCUAGCAGGCCGAGCGCUGGAGCUCACCCUGUGGGACGCCUGCCCUGGAAUCGAUCCAGUACUUAUUGGAGAAUGCACUAUGGAUUUGGAAAAAGCGUUUGCGGAAGAACGUGCAGUGUGGUGGACGCUGGAGGAGCGCGGUGGAACGCGGUCAGCCAACGCCUCCCCGCGAGGCUCUCUCACAGGUGCGCGAGCGCUCCGACGCGGUGACUUUGCCUCGCAACGCUCUUGUUCAGACGAUGUGGAUUCCAUCGGAGAGUGCGCAUCUUUGCUCCAUCCCGACCACGCGUGGGUGGGCGGCUCCAGACGUGGCUCAUCACAGUCUGAAACCUUGGAAGUUGAGGUUUACCAGCUUGGAAAAGACUUCUCACGUUCUUUACCUGGAUCGCGACGAUCAUCAUUCCAGCAGCAGGAGAAAGACGGCGCUGCGGGCACUGACAGCGGCGCCGGGCCAUCGCGGCGCAGCGAGCGGCGGCGCUCGUCGUGCGUCCGCCGCGACCCCGACGACAUCCUGCGCUCGCUGCGCGCCGUCAAGGGCGAACUCGGCCGCACCCUUUCCCUCUCCGGGUCCACCGCCCGGCCGACGGACCGUUAGCACCUCGGUAAGCGACUCCCAGCCGCCCGGCGGCGGCCGCGCCUGCUCCCGUAGAGGGUUUGUUCGUGCGCGGUGUCGGUGUACGCGUUCCCUUGUGACGUCUAACGGCCGCCGGCCCCCGUAUUCCGGUUGCGUGGUGUGCGACCGGCAUACCCGGGCCCGUAGUGUAGCAUGGGUCAUAGCUUGCGCGGCGGCCGCGCGCACGUGCGCACGCACCGUUGAAUGUGGCUGCGCCCGACGCUUCUCAUCACUUCACUGUGUCUGUACUGUACUGUCCUGACGCAUGCCCGGCGCAUGCCGCGGGCGAUCACGCUCACUUCAUCUGUUUCUGUGUUCCGUCUGUUCGGCUGACGUUCAUAUCGAUGGCAUUGUGUCGCCUAGGAUGUUUCGGGCUUCAUACCUACCUCUGCGAAUGUCACUCAUUGUUAAGAUGCGCAUUCUAUUAGUUUCUUGUACAUACCUCUUUUAAUAAUUCUUAUCCUUAGGUCGUAGUUGGAUAUUUAAACCGUUUAUUAACAAAUGCGUAUCAUUUAAUUUUGGAAGAGCGAAUGAAUGUAGCAAACGAGCGGGAUAUAUAGGAAGCACAUAAUGGCGACUCACCUAGUUGCGGGUGGUGGCAUGAGCUCAACAAUAGUCUUCCACCUACACAUCAAUUUAAUUAAUGAAUUACUUAAUGGCUGUUCAUAACACUGAAUGCUUACAUUCCUACUUAAUGAGUUCAAGUUCGCUUCAGGCAACUAUUAGAAAUUCGACACUCUUGGCUGCACACGUUUAAACGCUUCUUCUUUCAUUUAUGUGUUUAGGAAUCGAAUCAAUUGGAAUAUAUGUAUACAAAAAU